GCUGAGCUUCGAGCGAGCGCGUGCGGCCGGCUGCCGUCACUCGUAUGCUUAAGUUGACUUUAAAAACCAAUCGAGUAGCGGCUAUUUGACCGGCUACCGUGGACUGUACCCGUGCCGGUGUGAAGCGUUUGUUGCGUAUGCUAGCGUACAGUUGGGAGACAGUGGGUCUCUACCAUGUUGAUAUCUGCGGGCAGCGGCCCUACGCCUGAGUUCUCGCCCGCCUCGUGCUGCGCUCCCUGGAAGAUGGAGCCGGCGCCUACGGCGUCUGCCGCCAUCUCGCAGACCCUCAAUAUAUCACCCAACGUACCGGUGUCGCCGUCUUCUUCGGGUGGCGGGGCUGGCGGAGGGGCGGGCGGUGGGGCGGGCACUCCUCUAUACCCCGGCGCGGCGUCGCACCCGCUGUCCUCGCUGUUGUCGCAGCAGAGGCUGCUGGAGCUGUCCCGCUUCGGCCUACGUCACUACGACAUCGCGCACCACGUGCUGUCCCAGCAAGGUGCUGUAACCAAAUUGCUCGGUACCCUCCGACCGCCGGGACUCAUAGGCGGCAGCAAGCCAAAAGUCGCCACACCCGCAGUUGUGUCGAAGAUAGAACAAUACAAACGGGAAAAUCCAACGAUCUUCGCUUGGGAAAUUAGAGAACGACUUAUUUCAGAAGGUGUAUGCACCAACGCCACCGCACCAAGUGUAUCAUCAAUCAACAGGAUCUUGAGAAACAGGGCGGCGGAACGAGCGGCUGCGGAGUUCGCGAGAGCGGCUGGCUACGGGCUGUACGCUGCUCCUCCUCCUUAUGGAGGAUUCCCUUGGGGAGGUGGUGGGGGUGUGUGGCCACCCGGAGGACUUCCCCUUCCGCCGGGAGUACCUCCGCCGACCGUCGGGAUGCAACACCCUGACGCAGUUCAGCAGGGAUUUUUGUCGUCUUCGGGACGUGGUCUUGUCGAUGUCGAUGGAGAUGAUUCUGGAUCUCUGGACGGCGAACAACCGAAAUUUCGCCGGAACCGAACUACAUUCAGUCCUGAUCAACUAGAAGAGCUCGAGAAGGAAUUCGAAAAGUCUCACUAUCCUUGCGUCUCAACUAGGGAACGCUUGGCAUCAAAGACCUCACUUUCGGAAGCCAGAGUACAGGUUUGGUUUUCCAACAGACGAGCCAAGUGGAGACGCCACCAGCGCAUGAACCUCCUCAAGCGCGGUGGCGGCUCGCCCUCGCACCGCCUGCCCCACUCCCCCUCCCGCUCCCGCUCCCGUUCCUUGUCCCCUACCCGCGGCCCCUACCAUACUCCUCAGAUGGGUGGCGAGAAUAGCGCGUUCAAAGCUCUGUCGCAUCAAGACACGAACGCACUGAAGGCACUGUCCCACCAGGCGCAGCUGGAGAGCAAUGCACUGAAAGCGCUCACGCAAACACCCUUCGACGGCGGUGCGUUUAAGCCUCACCCCGCACUAGAGAAUAGUGCGUUCAAGGCGCUCGUCCCGCAUUCGGCGGCUGCGGCGCUUCUGGCCGCUCAGUCCAUACAACUAGCUCGAGGUUACGAAUCUCAUUCAGAUUCCGACGAGGAGAUAAACGUUCAUGACGAGAGCGAUGAUGAGGGCGACAGACAGAGGAACAAGACGAGGUCCAGAUCGCCGAGCCCGUGCAGGCAGCGACCGUUGACUUCUAGCGACCUGCCGCUACAACUCACCAAGCACGACCGUUGAUGUUCCAAGACUACAUAAUUUAUUUGUUCACAUGUUCAAUAUACUAAAACCAUUGAUAUCGAAUAUUAUAUUUUAUAUAAAUUUCAUCGUAAGGUGUUAACACUCCUGUUUGCUUGUAAAUUUAUGUAAAUAAUGUAGAGAAUUAAGUUGUUGAUUGUUGUAAUGGAGACUAAUGUUUAGUUGUAAAAGCAAUGCACAAACGAUGUCGCUUUAUUUAUAAACUUGGUAUUGUAUAGACGCUAUGUUGUUAUUAUGUUAAUGAUUUAAGUUAUAAAAUGUGCUUAGUUAAUUUGAAAUGCAUAUUGCAUUAUGUUUGAAUAUAUGUUUUGGUAGUGGUAUUCAAUUAGUAAAAUGGUUGAAGAUGUAAUAGAUUGCAAGGUAUUAAUUACCAAAGUAUCAAAAUGGUGUAAUCACGGUUGGUACAACUCAAUAGUUCCUACACACUUUACCGUGUUAGCCAGGAAUAUAAAUUAAUUUAAAAUAAUAAAAAAUAAUACUGAUUGAUAUUUAAAUAUGUAUUCAAC